AUGGAGAUUCACCAACCAUUUCUGCGUGGAGGCUGCUCCUGCGGCAGGAAUACCUACGCAAUAUCCAUCCCCGACGGCGCUACCAAUGAAGCCGAGGUCAUUUUCUCGGGCAAUCAAGAUCACCGACGUGCCCAAGGAGUUCCAUUGACUGCAUGGCUUCGAGUUCCGCUCACAUGGUUUCGGUCUCAAACACAUUCUUACUUUGCAGACGAGACAAAUGCUACAAUUCGACGUACAUUCACUCCUCUGCAUGCGCCGCACACGCAGCGCAAUUUCUGUGGUUACUGCGGUACUCCGUUGACGUUUUGGACUGAAAAGCCUGAGAGCGAGGCUGAAUUCAUGUCCGUGGCUCUCGGCAGUCUUUUGGGGGAUGAUCUGAGCUUGUUGGAAGAUUUGCAAAUACUGCCCCCUGAUGAGGAGUCGAGCGAGGAGAUUGCGACUGAAACGGUGCCUACGAAUCUUGCUACGCGAACAACAGCACCGACUUCGUCGUCUUCUUCUUCUCGAAUCUCUUACCAUUCGGGGACCUUGGCCGGCGUGCCUUGGUUCGAGGAAAUGAUUGAAGGCAGCAGACUCGGCCGAAUCAUGAGAAGUCGACGAGGCAUUGGUGUCAGCGAUGACGAUUUGACGACUUUUGAAUGGGAGAUUAGUGAAUGGCAGGAUACUGAUACGGGCAGACAGCCAACGAGAAUUUUCACUUCAGGAGCGGGUGGAAGUGGGAAAAGAAAAGCCGAGGAUGUGAUUAUUAGCUAG